ACAUACUGCUAAUUAUCUUAUCCUCACAUUUCAUGAAUAACUCCUUCACUUUAUAAACUCAAUUUCAAAUCCAUUUUUAUAAUAACACCAACACUUUUUAUUACAUAAAAUUUUCAUAUAGUAAUGGCUCUUCAAACUGCUUCUAUGCUUCCUGCUUCUUUCUCCAUUCCCAAAGAGGGGAAGAUUGGUGCGUCUCUCAAGGACUCGACUCUUUUUGGUGUUUCAUCAUUGUCUGAUUCUUUGAAAGGUGAUUUCACCUCUUCUGCAUUGAGGUGUAAGAGGGAAUUGCGACAAAAAGUUGGUGCUGUGAGGGCGGAGACAGCGGCUCCGGCCACUCCAGCAGUUAACAAGUCAUCAUCUGAAGGGAAGAAGACGUUGAGGAAAGGAAAUGUUGUGAUCACUGGUGCUUCAUCUGGUUUAGGUCUAGCUACUGCUAAGGCUUUGGCUGAAUCAGGAAAAUGGCAUGUAAUUAUGGCUUGCAGGGACUACCUCAAAGCUGCAAGAGCUGCAAAAUCGGCUGGAUUGGCUAAGGAAAACUACACGAUUAUGCAUUUAGACCUUGCGUCUCUUGACAGUGUUCGUCAAUUUGUUGAUAACUUCAGAAGAUCUGAAAUGCCAUUGGAUGUGCUUAUUAACAAUGCUGCUGUUUACUUUCCAACUGCUAAGGAACCUAGUUUCACGGCGGAUGGCUUUGAAAUUAGUGUUGGGACAAACCAUCUUGGGCAUUUUCUUCUUUCGCGCCUUUUGCUUGAGGACCUUAAAAAAUCCGAUUACCCUUCAAAGCGCUUGAUCAUUGUCGGCUCAAUCACAGGUAACACAAACACAUUGGCUGGAAAUGUUCCGCCGAAGGCUAACCUCGGUGACUUGAGAGGACUUGCUGGUGGCUUGACUGGACUUAACAGUUCGGCCAUGAUAGACGGUGGAGAUUUUGAUGGUGCCAAGGCAUACAAGGACAGCAAAGUCUGUAAUAUGCUCACAAUGCAAGAGUUCCAUAGAAGAUAUCAUGAGGAAACUGGAAUCACAUUUGCUUCCCUUUACCCUGGUUGCAUUGCCACAACAGGCUUGUUUAGAGAGCACAUUCCCUUGUUCAGAACUCUAUUCCCUCCAUUCCAAAAGUACAUAACCAAAGGCUACGUCUCAGAAGAAGAAUCGGGAAAGAGACUUGCUCAGGUUGUAAGUGAUCCAAGCCUAACAAAAUCUGGUGUUUACUGGAGCUGGAAUAACGCUUCUGCUUCAUUUGAGAACCAGCUAUCACAAGAGGCCAGUGAUGCCGAGAAGGCUCGCAAGGUGUGGGAGGUUAGUGAGAAGCUUGUUGGUUUGGCCUAAAGUGAGAGCCCCCAACAUCUAUGCCGAGUUAGAGUCUGAGGCAUUGCCAUGGAAGGAAGAUGAUGCCCCAGAAGAGUGAAAUGAUGAUAUCAUGUUGAGUGCAUUAAUUGUUGUUGUGUUAGAUAGGAACUUUUUUUGUCUUUAUGUAGGAGUUGAUGAAUCAAUAAAAUCAUUCAACCAUUUGGCAAA